AUGGGGAAACUACAGAGCAAGUUCCGCCGGCGCUCGGACUUAUACAGGGCCAAAGAGGGUUCGGAAACUGUACCUGUGCCCCAGGUAGUACAGUAUGAACCCGCCCACACAGAUGCCAUCAACUGUGUGACCAGCCUGACCUCUGACCUGUGUGUGUCAGGAGGGCAUGACCAGGCAGUUGUUGUGUAUGACUGGAGAGCUGGAAAAAUGUAUAAAGCAUUCCUGGGCCAUAACAGAGAUGUUACUAAGUUGUGUUGUUUUUCAAGAAAUACCUGGAUCUUCAGUGCAUCUCGUGAUAAGACAGUACUUAUGUGGGAUCUGGGUCGAGACAAAGAACCUGUCCAGGAUUUCUGUGGCCAUGAGCUUGUAGUUAAUGGAGUAGCAAUCAGUCCAGAGGGGUCAAAGCUGUGUACAGGCUCUCGGGAUAACUCCAUGUGUCUCUGGGACAUUGAGUCAGGAAAGUGUCUACAGAGAAACACCAUCUCAAGGAACCUGGUGACCCAUGUAUGCUGGGUACCAGGAAGCACAUCCAUUGUCCAAACCUCAGAAGACAAAACUAUUAGGGUGUGGGAUAGUCGAACCUGGCAGGUCACUAACACAUUUCCAGCGAAGCAGUAUAUUCAGACUCACUGUGACAUCAGUCCAAAUUGUUACAACCUGCUGUCAUCCAGCAACGGCGUCGGUGGGCAGGGCUGCGAAGCCACAUUGUGGGACCUCAGGCAGCCUGGCUGUAAGGUGACUGAAUAUAGAGGGCACCUGCAGACAACAGCGUGCUGUGUGUUUGUGCCUUCUCGGCUGGGGUGUCCUGCACUCGUGGCUUCAUCAUCAUAUGACAGCUCAGUCAAAAUAUGGGACCAGACCACUGCAGCAUGUUUGUGCACAUUAACGUUGGACGGUUCAGGGCCUUUGGUGUCUCUGGCUCCGUGUGACUCUAGUAAUCUCUUAUGCGCCAGUUUUAACACUGGACUUCACCAGCUUCAUCUAGAUCAGGGAGCAGCGGUCAGCCUCAGUGAAGUGGCUUGCUUCUGACCUGCUGGACCAUCUGCAAAAAUAAAGUGAACUGUUAAAGUAACAGCUUUCAGAACUGGAACUCUAGAAAAUUGUAUCGGGAAAUGAGAAUGUACACUGGAUGGCCAAAUGUACAGUAUGUGGACACUUCCUAACUAACAGGUUCUGCUAUUUCAGCUACACCCAUUAUUACCAACAGGUGCGUAAAAUCAAACUUGCAGUUAUUUUUACACUUUAUUUUGGCCAUGUAGUGUAAGAUUACCUGUUUAUAUGAACCCAAUAAAUGGGUGGAAAUGCUUCAACCAAAUGGUACAAAGGAGAAUGCUUGGAGGUAGCUUCCCACCUAGAUGUACUGGCAAUUACUUACGUUUCCCAAACAUAGCCGAGUUCAGAUCAAAGAAUAACCUUGAGAUAAGAUUAGGUGCUUUAAAUCCUUUCUUUCUUUCGUUUAGAGUUUUGUGUUAGUGUCAGAAAAAAUAUAGGCAAUAAAAUUCCACUCCAUUAUGUUUUUGGAGACAAAAUCAAU